UUCCAGGCUGUGGACCGUGCCGGCAACACCCAGAACCUUCCGGGGAGAGGAGGAGGCGCAUCAUGGCGGCGCCAGCCCUGAAGCACUGGCGCACCACGCUGGAGCGGGUGGAAAAAUUCGUGUCGCCUGUCUACUUUACUGACUGUAACCUCCGUGGCAGGCUCUUCGGGGAUAGCUGCCCUGUAGCCUCACUCUCCAGCUUCUUGACGCCUGAGAGGCUUGCCUACCAAGAGGCAGUCCAACAGGACUUCAGCCCCGCACAUGUCGGCGACACCUUCGGACCCACAUGGUGGACCUGCUGGUUUAGGGUGGAGCUGAACAUCCCAGAGGCAUGGGUGGGCCAGGAAGUUCACCUUUGCUGGGAAAGUGAUGGAGAAGGCCUGGUCUGGCGUGAUGGGGAACCUGUCCAGGGGUUGACCAAAGAGGGUGAGAAAACCAGUUAUGUCCUGACUGACAAGCUGGGAGAAGGAGACCCCCGAAGCCUGACCCUCUAUGUGGAAGUAGCCUGCAACGGCCUCCUGGGGGCUGGGAAGGGAAGCAUGAUUGCAGCCCCUGACCUUGAGAAGACAUUCCGACUGAGCCGAGCUGAGCUGGCUGUAUUCCACCAGGAUGUCCACAAGCUCCUAGUGGAUCUAGAGCUGCUACUGGGCAUUGCUAAGGGCCUUGGGGAGGACAACCAGCGCAGCUUCCAGGCCCUGUACACAGCCAACCAGAUGGUGAACGUGUGUGACCCUGCCCAGCCUGAGACCUACCCAGUGGCCCAGGCCCUGGCCUCCAGGUUCUUUGGCCAGUGUGGAGGUGAAAGCCAACAUACCAUCCAUGCCAUGGGGCACUGCCACAUUGAUACAGCUGAGGUUUAUUUAUUCUCUCAACAAAAUCUGGUGCAUCAUGAGGCCACUUGCCAGACACCAAGGAUGGCAUUUCAAAGGCUGAUGAUCGCAGAGAAGGCCAGCAAGCACAGUGAAGGGAAGACCUGUGGGAGACUGGAGAGUCAGAAGAGAUACUUAAGCCCAACCUGGCUUUGGCCCUUCAAGGAAACUGUACGGAAGUGUGCCCGGAGCUGGGUGACAGCUUUGCGGCUUAUGGAACAGAAUGCUGAAUUCAUCUUUGCCUGCUCCCAGGCUCAGCAGCUAGAGUGGGUAAAGAACCGAUACCCUGGCCUAUAUGCCCAGCUCCAGGAAUUUGCCUGCCGAGGGCAGUUUGUGCCUGUGGGUGGCACCUGGGUGGAAAUGGAUGGGAACCUUCCCAGUGGAGAAGCCAUGGUGAGGCAGUUCCUGCAGGGCCAGAACUUCUUCCUGCAGGAGUUUGGGAAGAUGUGCUCUGAGUUCUGGCUGCCAGACACAUUCGGGUACUCGGCGCAGCUUCCCCAGAUCAUGCGCGGCUGUGGCAUCACACGCUUCCUGACACAGAAACUGAGCUGGAACUUAGUGAACUCCUUCCCGCACCAUAGCUUUUUCUGGGAGGGACUGGAUGGCUCCCGUGUGCUGGUUCACUUCCCACCUGGUGACUCAUAUGGAAUGCAGGGCAGUGUGGAGGAGGUGCUGAAGACUGUGACCAACAAUCGGGACAAAGGGCGUACCAACCACAGUGCCUUCCUCUUUGGCUUCGGGGAUGGGGGUGGUGGCCCCACUCAGACCAUGCUGGACCGCUUGAAGAGGCUGGGCAAUACUGACGGACUGCCCAGGGUGCAGCUGUCUUCUCCAGGGCAGCUCUUCAAGGCACUGGAGAGUGACUCAGAACAGCUGUGCACAUGGGUCGGGGAGCUCUUCCUGGAGCUGCACAACGGCACUUACACCACGCAUGCACAGAUCAAGAAGGGGAACCGAGAAUGUGAACGAAUCCUACAUGAUGUGGAGUUGCUCAGCAGCCUAGCCCUGGCCCGCAGUGCCCAGUUCCUAUACCCAGCAGCACAGCUACAGCACCUCUGGAGGCUCUUACUUCUGAACCAGUUCCAUGAUGUGGUCACUGGAAGCUGCAUCCAGUUGGUGGCAGAGGAUGCCAUGAGCCACUAUGAAGAUAUCCGUUCCCAUGGGAAUACGCUGCUCAGUGCUGCAGCUGCAGCCCUGUGUGCUGGGGAGCCAGGUCCCGAGGGCCUCCUCAUUGUCAACACACUGCCCUGGAAGCGCACCGAAGUGUUAUCCUUGCCCAAGCCUGGAGGGGCCCACUGUCUAGCCCUGGUGACAGUGCCCAGCAUGGGCUAUGCUUCUGUUCCCACCCCCACCUUACUGCAGCCCUUGCUGCCCCAGCAGCCUGUGUUUGUGGUACAAGAGACUGAUGGUUCUGUGACUCUGGACAAUGGCAUCAUCCGAGUGAGCCUGGAUCCAACUGGCCGCCUGACAUCUCUGGUCCUGGUGGCCUCUGGCAGGGAGGCCAUUGCUGAGGGUGCUCUUGGGAACCAGUUUGUGCUGUUUGAUGAUGUCCCCUUGUACUGGGAUGCAUGGGAUGUCAUGGACUACCACCUAGAGACACGGAAACCUGUCCUAGGCCAGCCAGGGACCCUGGCAAUUGGCAGUGAGGGUGGCCUUCGGGGCAGUGCCUGGUUCCUGCUACAGAUCAGCCCCAAUAGUCGGCUUAGCCAGGAGGUUGUCCUGGAUGUUGGCUGCCCCUAUGUCCGCUUCCACACCGAGGUACAUUGGAAUGAGGCCCACAAGUUUCUAAAGGUGGAGUUCCCUGCCCGAGUGCGGAGCUCCCAGGCUACCUAUGAGAUCCAGUUUGGGCACCUGCAGCGGCCCACCCACUACAACACUUCUUGGGACUGGGCUCGAUUUGAGGUGUGGGCCCACCGCUGGAUGGAUCUGUCAGAGCAUGGCUUUGGGCUGGCUCUGCUCAAUGACAGCAAGUAUGGCGCAUCAGUACAAGGCAGUGUCCUCAGCCUUUCACUAUUGCGGGCACCUAAGGCCCCAGACACCACUGCUGACAUGGGGCGCCAUGAGUUCACCUAUGCACUGAUGCCUCACAGGGGCUCCUUCCAGGAUGCUGGUGUUAUCCCUGCUGCCUACAACCUCAACUUCCCCUUAUUGGCACUUCCGGCACCAGGCCCUGCUCCUGCUGCCACCUGGAGUGCCUUUUCCCUAUCAUCACCAGCAGUCGUAUUGGAGACUGUCAAGCAGGCUGAGGCCAACCCCCAGAGCUGUACACUGGUCCUGAGGCUGUAUGAGGCCCAUGGCAGCCAUGUGGACUGCUGGCUGCACACAUCACUACCAGUCCAGGAAGCUGUCCUCUGUGACUUCCUUGAGAGGCGAGACCCUGCUGGCCACCUGCCCCUUCAAGAUGCCCGACUAAAGCUCACCUUUUCUCCCUUCCAAGUGAGGUCCUUGUUACUUGUGCUUCAGCCUCCACCAAACUGAGGAUGGUGUUUUGUGUAUGGAAAGUUUUGGGAAGUCCUCAUUUCUGCCCCCCAAACCUGAAACAAGGAUCAGCCACUUCUUAUAUAAUAAAUCCUUGGAUCAGUAA